AUGUCAUGGCCCUCCACUACUCAUCUCAAUCUCACUGCAUUAUGUAGAGAUGGCCAGUUGAACGAGGCGCUGCACAUUCUUCUUACCACAUACAACCCUCCUGAAGAUCACUCUACAUAUCUUCAAUUAUUGCAGACAUGUAUUCUCAAGAAAGCGCUCUCACAAGGGAGAAAUGUCCACUCUUUCAUCGCUCACAGGCAAUUUGCAAUUGCUACGCCCACAACUUUUCAUAAUAAGCUUAUUCACAUGUAUGUCAAAUGCGGAAGUUUGGUGGAUGCCCGUAAAGCGUUUGAUUACAUGAAAAAACGAGACAACGUCUCUUGGAAUACAAUUAUUGCAGGGUAUGGAAAACAUGGUUAUCCUCACGAGGCUGUCACUCUGUUUCACUAUAUGCAACAAACAGGUCUCCAACCGGAUCGGUUUACAUUUGCCAGCGUACUCCCGGCCUGUGCCAAAAUUGGAGCUCUAGAACAGGGUGUGGAAAUCCACCAAAGCAUAAAGGAUGAAGGGAUUUUGUCUGAUGUUGUUGUUGCAACUACCCUGGUAGACAUCAUAGACAAGGCAAGUGAACUGUUUGACGGAAUGCCUCAAAGAGAUGUCGUUUCGUGGAAUAUAAUGAUUGCAGGAUAUUCACAAAAUGGAUUUGUUGAGAAGGCUUUAGAAACAUUUGAGCGAAUGCUAUCGGCAGGUUUUAAACCAGACUCUGUAACCUUCGUCAGCAUCCUCCCUGUGUGUGCUAAAAUGGGCGCUUUGGAACAGGGCAUGAGCAUCCAUCGAAGCAUAAUGGAGGGCGGAUUUUUGUCAGAUAUUAAUGCUUUAGAAAUUUUCAACAAAAUGCGAUUGGCGUGUGUAAAGCCAAACUCAACGACCUUUGUCAGCGUCCUCCCUGCCUGUGGCCAAAUGGGAGCUUUGGAGCAGGGUAUGGAUAUCCAUCAAAGCAUAAUGGAAGGCGGAUUUUUUUCAGAUAUCAAGGUUGGAAAUGCGCUGGUAGACAUCCAUGCAGGUUUAGUGAAUGACGGCUGUACAUACUUCAGUUACAUGAGUAAUCCUUAUCGCAUUACACCUACAACUGAUCAUUAUGUGUGCAUGGUUGACCUCCUUGCCCGCGCUGGCUAUCUUGAGGACACCCUAAACUUUAUCAUUAAGAUGCCAGUUAAACCUGUAGUGGUUGUGUGGAUGUGUUUUCUUGGUGCCUGUAGAUCACAUAAGAAUAUAGGCUUAGGAGUAUUUACAGCGUUGCUGCUUCUUGAUUUGGAUCCUAAGAAUGCAACGUCUUAUGUUCUUCUCUCAAACAUAUAUGCAGAAAUGGGCAGGUGGGGUGAGGUUCAAAUGAUCGCAUCCACAGACACGGGAUAUCCAUGCAAACUGGGAGAAAUUGUCUUGGGAGAUGAAGUUAGCGAGGGCAGAAUGCUGUCAUCAGAUGGGGUGAGAAUCACCGAUCUACGAUCUUUCAGCGAUGUUCUCCAAGAUGAAGAGAGGAUUAAGAAAAUGACGGGAAUUGAUCUUUCUGAAAAUUUUGAACUGGAAGGACAUCAUCUCAUCUUAAUGGAGAGAUGUUUAAGGUUUUCAUUAAUUCGAAGCUUGCUAAUCACUGGCAAUGCCAUUGUGGUAGAAGUAGAGACUGAUUAA